CUCGGCGGCGGCCGCAGCGGCAGGACUCGGGGCGGCCGCAGCAGCCCGGAGCCCCGUGGUGCGGGGCCGCGGCCAGGCCGCAGGAGGAGCCCGAGGCGCGCGCGCCGCCCGACCGAGCGGGCCCGCGCCGCCCGGAGCCGCCGCCGCCCGGCGGGCCCGCCAUGGGCUCCCUGUUCCGGAGCGAGACCAUGUGCCUGGCGCAGCUCUUCCUGCAGUCGGGCACGGCCUACGAGUGCCUGAGCGCCCUGGGCGAGAGGGGCCUGGUGCAGUUCCGCGACCUCAACCAGAAUGUAAGUUCUUUCCAAAGAAAAUUUGUUGGUGAGGUGAAGAGGUGCGAAGAGCUAGAACGAAUAUUAGCGUAUUUGGUGCAGGAAAUACACAGAGCGGGCCUCCCCCUUCCCGAGGGAGAGAGCAGCCCUCCCGCACCACCUCUCAAGCAGGUUCUGGAAAUGCAGGAGCAGCUACAGAAGCUUGAGGUUGAGCUGAGAGAAGUCACCAAGAACAAGGAGAAACUGAGGAAGAACCUGCUUGAACUGAUUGAGUACACUCACAUGCUGAGAGUGACGAAGACCUUCGUCAGGCGGAACGUGGAGUUUGAACCCACUUAUGAAGAAUGCCCCCCGCACUUGGACAGUGAAUCCUUGUUGGACUACAGCUGUAUGCAGAGGCUGGGAGCGAAACUGGGGUUCAUAUCUGGCCUCAUUAACCAGGGGAAAGUGGAAGCAUUUGAAAAAAUGUUGUGGAGGGUCUGCAAAGGGUACACCAUCGUGACCUACGCGGAGCUGGAUGAAGCCCUUGAAGACCCUGAGACGGGAGAAGUCAUCAAGUGGUAUGUGUUUCUAAUAUCCUUCUGGGGAGAGCAGAUUGGCCACAAGGUUAAGAAGAUAUGUGAUUGCUACCACUGCCACAUCUACCCCUACCCAAACACGGCCGAGGAGCGCCGGGAGAUCCAGGAGGGGCUGCACACCCGGAUCCAGGACCUGCACACUGUGCUUCACAAGACUGAGGACUAUUUGAGGCAGGUGCUGUGUAAGGCUGCCGAGUCGGUCUACACCCGCGUCAUCCAGGUGAAGAAAAUGAAAGCCAUUUACCACAUGCUGAACAUGUGCAGCUUCGACGUGACCAACAAGUGCCUCAUCGCCGAGGUCUGGUGUCCCGAGGCCGACCUGCAGGGCCUGCGCCGUGCACUGGAGGACGGCUCGAGAGAGAGCAACGCUACAAUCCCCUCAUUUAUGAACACUAUCCCGACAAAAGAAACGCCCCCAACCCUGAUCCGCACCAACAAGUUCACCGAGGGCUUCCAGAACAUCGUGGAUGCCUACGGAGUGGGCAGCUACCGAGAAGUGAACCCAGCUCUCUUCACCAUCGUCACCUUCCCCUUCCUCUUCGCCGUGAUGUUCGGGGACUGUGGACACGGCUUCGUGAUGUUCCUGUUCGCCCUCCUCUUGGUGUUGAACGAAGACCAUCCCAGACUGAGUCAGUCGCAAGAGAUUGUGCGCAUGUUCUUCAACGGCCGCUACAUCCUCCUGCUGAUGGGGCUGUUCUCCGUGUACACGGGCCUCGUCUACAACGACUGCUUCUCCAAGUCCGUCAACCUCUUUGGCUCUGGGUGGAACGUGUCCGCCAUGUACAGCUUCAGCCAUGCCCCGGCAGAGCACAGCAGAAUGGCGCUUUGGAACGACAGCGUGGUCAAGCACAGCCGGGUCUUGCAGUUGGAUCCGAGCGUCCCGGGAGUGUUCCAAGGCCCUUACCCUCUGGGCAUCGAUCCUAUUUGGAACUUGGCCACGAAUCGCCUCACUUUCCUCAACUCUUUCAAGAUGAAAAUGUCUGUGAUUUUAGGAAUCAUUCACAUGACUUUCGGAGUCGUUCUGGGAAUAUUUAACCACUUGCAUUUCAGGAAGAAGUUCAAUAUUUACUUGGUUUCCAUCCCAGAACUUCUGUUCAUGCUCUGCAUGUUUGGGUACCUUAUAUUCAUGAUCAUCUACAAGUGGCUGGUUUACUCGGCAGAAACCUCCCAAGUGGCCCCUAGCAUUCUGAUCGAGUUUAUCAACAUGUUUUUGUUCCUGACUACGGAAACCAUUGGUCUUUACCCGGGCCAGAGCGGCUACACGCUUGUGCGGAAAGAUAGCGAGGAGGAGGUGUCUCUGAUGGGAAGCCAGGACAUAGAAGAGGGAAACGACCAGAUGGAGGACGGACGCAGAGAAGUAACGUGUGAAGAGUUUAACUUCGGAGAAAUACUUAUGACCCAAGCGAUUCACUCCAUCGAGUACUGUCUGGGCUGCAUCUCCAACACCGCGUCCUACCUGAGGCUCUGGGCCCUCAGUCUGGCUCACGCACAGCUGUCUGACGUCCUGUGGGCCAUGCUGAUGCGCGUGGGCCUCCGGGUGGACAAGACCUACGGGGUCCUGCUGCUGCUCCCGGUCAUCGCGCUCUUUGCAGUUCUGACCAUUUUCAUCCUUCUGAUCAUGGAAGGGCUUUCUGCAUUUCUUCACGCCAUACGCCUCCAUUGGGUAGAAUUUCAGAACAAAUUCUAUGUUGGUGCAGGCACCAAAUUUGUCCCUUUCUCAUUCAAACGCCUUUCGUGGAAGUUCAGUGACGACGUGGCAUGAUCGCAUCGCUGUGCCCAGCCAGCAUUCAGAUUGGUGGAGAAGCAUCAUGUUGUAGAAAUUCACUAUGUCAGAUUUGCGAUAGGAAAAAUUCUGUCUUCAUUGAUUGCCUUAUAAUAUAGCCAAAUAAUUCUGUGAGAUAUACCUCUUCCUCAUGUUAAAUAUUUUGUAAAGUUUAUCAAUUUUAGAUACAUAGCUUUCUUUCAGCUUUUAUGAUGAGCAAAUAUAAGUUAAUGCCAAAAGUUAUGUCAAAGUUAUUUUUUAAAAUUUAGGCUUGGGGGAGAGAAGCCCAUUUUGAAUGGCUAAUUAAAAAUGGUCCUAGAUUCUUAAUUCCUGUUCACCUUAUUAAAAAACAAACAAACCAACAAAAAAAACAAAGAGUUACUCUGUCACCUGAAGUCAGAUAUUUUCCAAUGGCUGAAAUAAGUAUAGUUUUUUAAAAAAUUUAAUGACGGAUAAUCAAGACACAUUUAUUCUGCUUGACUAAAAGUAUGGGAACAUUUUUUAUUGUAUGCUCUCUAGAUGGUUUCUACAGUUUUGUCUCAUUUUUAAUAAUUGGGGAAAGUGGGAUAAAUAACCUACAACCGAUGGCACCCCACGUGUAUAUUUUUAGAGACCUCUCACCCCGUUCUCCUUACGUAACUCCAGCUGUGAUCACUGUACGUGUGGGAAGAAAGUGCCUACCGAGCCUUGCGUGAGCAGAGGUGCCACAGACGCAGUCUGAACGGAAGUGACCAGCCUGGCUGAUGCUCCUGAGCCAGAGGGCGUUCCUACUGGGUGGAGGAAAGGUCAAAAUGAGUCCUUUUUAUACUUUUAUAACACAACAUAAAUGAAGAUAUUUUACCACGAAGACAUCGAACCUACUCUUGAGAACAGUACACUGAUAAUUUUUUACUUUAAGGUUAAUUCUAAAUAACGGUCUGAUUAAGGCAUUUAGGGUUUAUUUAAACGUUAAACCCGAUUUAGAUCAGGUGAAAACUAAUUCUCAGCCAUCAGUUUAUAGUCUCUAGUGUAAGUCCAUCUGCUCACUCAACAUUUGGUUUGAAUGAGUGUCAGUCCUAUUGAGCGUUUUGAUCUGUUCUGUCGUCUUGUAAAUUAUGUUCAUUUUUCAUACUUACUGUAAUGGACUGUAGAUAACAACAUCCAGAAAGAAUCCUGCAGUAUUGUCACUUGCUCACGUUUUCCGUAACACACCACGGCUUGUUUGUCGCCAUUCUCCUUUUCCCUGGCUCGUGGUCGAGUGUUUGGGAUUUGCUCUAUAAGCUAUGAUUCUGGUAGCACUGAAUUGAAGCGUAUCUUUUCAGGUAAUUUCAAAGCCUGUUAGCCAAGGGGCCGGAACUGAACAUCACAAUGUAACUGUGACUCUUAACAACAAACCGUUUUAAUUGUAGCAAAGAGUCCGUGCUGCUCCUCCAUGAGAUGUUAGCUGCAGCCAGUGUGGGAUCACUGGGUUUUGUCCCUCAUAUUCAAGUAGCAGACAUAAAGCUAUGCUGAUGAAACUCUUGAAAAUGAUUCUGCUUUCAGAGUUAAAUUUCUCCAGAAAGGUGUGAUGUUGGAUGCUUUUGGGGGUGAAUAUGAAAUUCGAAUAAUGCCAACCAGUUUUCAAACUUGUCCCUCAUAGGUUGUCCAUUUUUCAUUACUUUACUCCAAGGGUCUUGUAAUAGAAUAGUAGCUGAUACAUCCCCGGGAAACUCACGAUCUCUGGGCACUGUUAACUGAUUAGUAAACAAGGGAUAGACAGAGAAAUUAGUAAACAAUUUCUGUUGGAAUUGUCUACUGCCCCCACUGCUAAUUGUCAUGGGGCCACUUUUUACUCCUAAUUAACACCUCUCAUCAGGGUAUAGAACUGAGAAGUCACUUGUCAACUGUUACCUAUGUAGAAUGUAAUUAUAUAAUAAAUUAAUAGUCUUAACAGAAUUCUCUACAAAUACAGUUUGAUGGUGUCUUUUAGGCACUGAUGGAAAUUUUAUUUCUUUGUAAAGCUAUUGGUUCCAUUGUCAAGCUACCAGAACAGUUGCUUUGUUUUGUUUUUAAGGUAAUUGGUAUGACUGUUAUGUAUAUAAUUUAUAAGACAAGACUUUAUUCUCUUGGUAGCAGAUAUCAAGAGGAAAAGUGGUCAGUUGUCAGGGUGAUGCUAAAUGUGCUUAUUUUCCUAAAGAUUCAUGUCAUGAUGGCCCCAUGUUCCACUUGCAUUCUGUAUGUCAACGGAGUCCUCAAACACAAGCCCGAGGAUGUCUCCAGUAAAACAGAAUCAGUUUCAUCCUGAAGGGUGAGGAGCAUCCUUGUGGUGGCAUGAUCAUGGCCUGUGCAGAGGUGUUCUGAGGGGGUCGUGGUGCCCUGCGGCUUUGCAUUCAUCAUGGUUAUGACUUUGAAAAGACUCACCUUUCACUGAAUGUCCCCCUGUCCUCACUUCUGGAAUGGGUGUUUCAUAUCAGCAUUCUGGUCUCAGUUUUCAAUCUGCAACAGUUCAGUAAGGCAUAGAAGAUCUAUAGUAUCCGUAGCUCUUGGGACAUUUUAGGACCUUGUUCAUGUUUGAAAAUGAAAACAAAUAACUUCAACAACUGUUCUUCAGUCUGCAUUUAAAAACAAUAAACUUCUUAAUUAAAAAUUGGAAGCCAGGUUUGCUUGCAUGCCAUCUGGUCUCUCCAGCAAUGUUAUUGAGAAACGUUAAUUCUAGAUCCAGAAAACAAGGCAGUUCUGAGUGAUAGCUUCCCAGCAUCCAGGCCACUGAUGCUGAACUUUGGUUUAGAAUGUUAAGAAAUACUUAGAACUUUCCACUCUUACCUCUGCAUGGGAAAAGCCCACAAGAAGGCUCGGCUCUUAGACCAGCCUAGACAUCUCGGGGCUCAGCUCUGAGGGGAAACAGCCCUGAGCCAGCUCCAGCUCCCCCGACGCACACAAGGACAAAUUCACACCUUCC